ACCCUGCCACGGUACAGACCCGGGUUCGAUUCCCGGCUGGUGCAUAGUGAUUAUUUUUUUUUUGAACGGUUCAAAUUGUGUUGGGUAGGAUCACAGAGCUACUCAUAAAAUCAUAUUCGUCACUCCCUCGUCCCUCUCUCGAAAUCUCCAGCAAUGAACGCCUCGCCCUUCUCUAACACCAUUGAAGAAGACAACAACAGCGAAAGCGAUUCUGACGCGAAUCACGAUGUAGCGCUUCAACACUACCAACCAAUCUCAGCUGUCGAUAACAACGAUGGUGAUGAUUUCGAUCAAGUUAACUCCGAUGAAGAACACUAUAGCUAUUCUAGGGGAGAAGCAGAGAACGGAAUCUCAUCUCUUCAUCUAAACGGCGACGUGGAGCAGAAGAGCAGCAGCGACGGUGAGGAAGAGGAGGAGGAAGAAAGAAUUAGAGAGGCGUCUGAUUCGGCUAUAUUGAGAGCUUUUAGAGAGGAUGAGAAUAGAAGGAAUGCACCGUUGACGGCGGAGAAUGCGACGCGGGUAAGGGAGGGAAUGCGUGGGAUUUCAUUCGGGGGAUCCGCUCCUGAUUGGGUGGGCCGGGUUCCUGAGGAUCAGUGGAUCAAUCAGCUUCGGCGAUUAAGGCAACCUCCAAGACCUCCGACUUCUGUUCAAUAAUAAUAUUUGUUAUAUUUCUAUUUUAAUUAAUUCUUGAAUGGAACAUGCUUGUUUUUUCUUGAAUUUUUGAAAUGCAGAUGAUUUUUAAUGUUUUCUUUA